AGAGAAGAUUAUCCGGAACAUUUAACCACCAUCCUGUUGAAAACAGAGAAGAUUAUCCGGGAUCUGCUGGAUCUGCGGGAUCUGCGGGAUCUGCAGUCACGCACACACCGGUGCGCAAAAGCCGCGGCACUGACCGGUGCGCAGAUCGGUGCGCCGUGCGCCCUAGGGACCAGAGACCCGGAGAACCGGGGAGCCGGGGAGCCGUGAUCCGAGAUCUGAGAUCCAUGUGCUCUGGAGCGGAUCCGUGAUCCGUGCGCUCUGGAGGACCGGAGACCCGAGACCCGUCAUCCGAGAUCCGUGUCCAAGAUCCGGAGACCCGUCAACUGUGAUCCGUGAUCCGUCCCGGAGAUCCGUAAACCGGAGAUCCGUAGACCCGCGAUCCGUGCACUUUGGAGCGGACAGGAGACCCGGAGACCCGGGGAGCCGUGAGCCGUCCCGGAGAUCCGUGAACCAGAGAUCAGUGCGCCCUGGAGUGGAGCGGAGCCGCGAUAAAAAAGCCUUUUCCUGCUGAUUUUAUUCAUGGUUUGAUUUGAACUUGUAGCACUUUGAGACUUUUUUUUAAUGAAAAGUGCACUAGAAAUAAAAAACGUAUAAACUCCGUGAUCGGUGCGCCUUGGAGCGGAGCGGACCGGGGACCGGAGACCCGUGAACCCACGCAGGGGCCAUGAUGGGCACCGCGGGGGAGGACCUGCUGGUCACCCUGACGAUCCUGCCGGGAUUCUUCUCCAACUGUCUGUUCCUGGCGCUGUACGACUCCGUGGUUCUGCUGCGGCGAGCAGCCGCGCUGCUCUGCGCCCCCGGGGGGGACACCGGGGGGGACACCGGGGCCCCCGGGGGGGACUCCGGGGACCGGUGCGCGCUCCCGCCCUGGCGCCGCAUGCUGACGUCCGAGGGGCUGCGUGCCGUCUGGAACAGUUUCCUGCUGGACGCUUACAAGCAGGUGAAACUGGGCUGCGAGGCCCCGAACUCCAAGGUGGUGAAGGUUCCUGACGGGCCGUGGUGGAGCAGCGCCAUCAGCACCAUGACCUCCGGUCUGGAUCCCUGCGCCGCCAUCGGCGCCGUGACCUCCGACGAGUGCCGGCUGCUGGACUUCGGUAACUCGGACCGGCCCCUGGUGGUGAACUUCGGCUCGGCCACCUGACCCCCCUUCAUCGGCCUCCUGCCGGCCUUCCGGCAGCUGGUGGAGGAUUUCUGCGACGUGGCCGACUUCCUGCUGGUGUACAUCGACGAGGCGCACCCGUCCGACGGCUGGGCGGCGCCGCCGAUGGGCCCGCGCUCCUUCAGCUUCAGGAAACACCAGAACCUGGAGGAGAGGAUGGGCGCGGCGCGGCAGCUAAUCGACAGCUUCUCGCUGCCGCCGCAGUGCCGCCUGGUGGCCGACUGCAUGGACAACAACGCCAACGUGGCCUACGGCGUCUCCAACGAGCGUGUGUGCAUCGUGCACCGCAGGAAGGUGGCCUACAUGAGCGGGAAGGGACCGUUCUUCUACAACCUGAAGGGCGUCCGCCGGUGGCUGGAACAGAGCUACGGCCAGCAGUAGGGGCUCGUCCGGGACAAGAACGUACCGGGACCCGCACAAGACCGGGAGGGGCUCGUCCGGGACCCGCAACGUCCGGGAGGGGCUCGUCCGGGAGGGGCUCGUCCGGGACCCGCAACGACCGGGAACUAGUGCCUUUCCUUCCGUCUGGAGGCCGGAUCUUCUGGCUCGUUGAAGAAGAAAGACUAAAACGGUCGGCUAUCAUCUUCAAUCAAACUGUAAAGAAGCUCGGCCACGUUUCCACGUAUCCGGGUAUUUACAAAAACGGAUAUUUCCCCACCAGCGUUUUAGCUACGUGGAAACAGGGCCUGAUACUCCUCCAGAUCUUCUGGCUUGUUGAAGAAGAAAGACUAAAAACGGUCGGCCAUCAUCUUCUAGAAUCUCAGAGCUUCUUUAGUUCUGCUGAAACCGACGUUUCGCCGCUUCAUGGACUCGGAGGAGCGGCGGCGAACAAGAACUGGAAUUUUGCUGCCUUCCCCUGCGGAAGUCAUGUUUUAUAUGCUUUGUAAAUGAAUUGAAAAGAGGAAUAGGAAUAUUUUUUAAAUUAAUAAUUUUCAGAUGAUUGUGUCGAUUUGAAAUGUUUUUACACUUUGAGCUAAAUGUUUGUGCACUAUACCGACGCCUAACUCUCAUCCGCCGUCAUCUCUUGCUCUCGGCUAAGUUUCAUGCAGAACAUCUGCAGUUUUUCAUCUUCAUACAUUUUAACCAAAUUCGAUCUAAUGUGGCUUUUUCUGGAGCUUUAGAGGAAAGUGUUUGCCAGGUUUCCGUGUGUUAGCUUCAUGGUUUCCAGUGGGCAUUGUUUGACUCAGUGUCAACCAAGAGACAGAUUUUGAAAAUAAUUACACAGUAAAUCCCUUUACGGUACAAUGACAUGUCCUAGCCAACCUUUAGAGGACCCUGAAGGUCCAGGACUCUGCAGGGGGAACGGUGAAGAGGGAAGUAAUUCGGCACUGGAAAUAAAAUGCCAUUUUUAUGGCUGUGAUGAGCGAAAGUUUCAACCUUGGUCGUCCCAAAGACCCCAAGUUCCUCCAGAGAGUUGGACGAUUGGGCUAAAACAAGCUAGGACUCAUCAACUCGCUGCAGGCCGUAGAUACGCCGAGGUUUGAUGGGGGAUGUUUGACAGACCAGUAAGAGCCAGACAGAUUUAAAUCCCUUUACGUUACGAUGACAUGUCCUAGCCAACCUUUAGAGGACCCUGAAGGUCCAGGUAUCUGCGGUGGGAACGGUGAAGAGGGAAGUAAUUCAACACUGCAAAUAACACUACUUCCAAAGAUUAUUUAGUCCGCUGUGGUGUAGAGAGUUUUAGUCCGCUGUAGUGUAGAGUUUUAUUCAGUAGCCGGCGGUGAGCAGACCUACAGAGGGCAGAGCCUACAAAAGGCAGGAAUAAAAGAGCCAAGUGAGAGACAAAAACAAUUUACAGUCAGAUGUGAUCUGUGGCCAAAUGCCGUUAUCGGGCAUUUAGCAUGACUGUCACUGAGUUGUAAAUUACCCCAUAGGGAGUUCUCCUGGUUCAAGUCUGUGGCCAAAUGAGUUGGUAUUAACAUAUCAGUCAGUCAGGAACUCAUUCCUGUGGUUCAUGUCUGUUCUAAGGUGUGGGCCCUGCAGGGGGAGGAAGCUGGAGUUUCAGGUCAGCCACGGUGUCACAAUGCCUCAUCAAUACUCUACAUAUAAAUGUAUAUAUCAGAUUCCGUAGCACAGCAGCACAGGUUGGAACUCCAACACUAACAGAUGACUGGCUCCUCAGGACUUUAAGAAACAGCCUUGUACAGUCGUUCAGCUGGUAAACUGUCUGGAAACAGGAAGUGGCACCUUUCCGUGAGUCCGCCACCGCAGUCCUGUCGUCUGGCGGCGGUUCUGUGUCCCGAGGAACCCGAGAGGGAACAGACGUCUUUAAGAAAACCGAUCCGUCCAUAAGCCUCCACCGUGUUUUCGUCGUGCACCACAUUGUUUUAGUUGUUUCCCUCUGGAUCGUUUCUCCUCCACACAUGGACUUGGUCUCGGUGUUUGUGUCUCCAAUUAUCGGUGGUAACGUGAUCCGCCCAGGAGCCGAUUUCUACUGCCCUUUUCCAGCUGGAGGGAAAAAAGGGAAUGUGUUUGCCACUAAUUGUGGAGCUCAGUUGAAAAAGCCACAUUAGAUCAGCGUAGCUUCAGUGCAGCAGAUAAACUCAUCAGCGCCGCUGUGGACGUAGCUGGGAGGGAAUCUGUCAAAAAUCAUCAAGAUCCUGCACUUGGUGACAAGUGUUUGAUAUUUGGCCUGUUAGUUAUGGACAUGAGGUUUUCAAACAAAUGGUGACGCCCCCUAGUGGCCGGUUUGCAGAACACUAACUGCAGAACACUAACUAAAUGUCUCCCGCCGAAAAGACCAAAGGUCAGCUUUUCUCAGUCCUAGAUUGUUGUAUAUUGUCACUUUCUCUACUUUUUUGGUGCUAGGAAUUCAAUUCUGAGAUAAAUUUCCUAUUUCAAGGUCAUGUUGAAGGUCAAAUUUAAUUUUCAAGGUCAACCUUUGCACAAAAAUCUCCAUAUCUCUAGAAUGAAGUCACAUAGAAAGAUUAUAGAGGAUCUAGAUCCUAUUUUCACCCCCAAGGAAUGUAGUUUUCUGUUUAUUGGACAGGUCACUAUCACUGUAGUGUGAAUAAUCUGAUUGGGUGAGAACAGUGGCUUCAUUCAUUCAUUCAUUCAUUCAUUCAUUCAUUCAUUCAUUUAGGCUUAAGAUGAACAGAACCUCAGAACUAAGUCACAGUGAAACAAUAGGAUUGUAUUAAAAUAACACUAUUUUUAAAUGUUCUGCAAACCAGCCACUAGGGGGAGUUUUCCAAGUUUGUUUGCGGUGGUUUUUGAAAAACUUAUUUCCAUAACUAACAUGCCAAAUAUCAAACACUUGUCACCAAGUGCAGGAUUUUCAUGAAUUCCCUCCCAGCUAACGCAGGAAACUUUAAACUCUGGUUUUCUGCUUUCUGGAGUUCCGGAGGUUUUUAUUCCCAACGGAGCUCCUUCCUUCGUAUUUGCAGUUUUUCUAGUUUGUUUCAGAUUCAAAUUCUCACAUUCCUCCGAUUUUCUUCGACACAUUGGGCCGAACCGUCGGCCAUUGGUCAGUGACUCUGGCGGGACUGAUGCCUUGCUCGUGGGUCGCGCGGCUGCCGGACUGAUGCCUUGCUCGUGGGUGGCGUGGCUGCCGGACCGAUGCCUUGCUCGUGGGUCGCGGUGACGAAGGUGGCAGAUGAAAACCUUUGACGAAAGAGUCGCCGGCUCAGUCUCUGGUUGGAUGGAAAAUUCACCCUGUCACCGCGGCCCAGAUUCAUGACAUCAUCAUGACAUCAUCAUGACAUCAUCAUGACAUCAUCGUUGGUCUCCAAUCACACGGCUCAGAUUCAUGACAUCAUCGGCUCAGAUUCAUGACAUCAUCAGCUCAGAUUCAUGACAUCAUCAGCUCAGAUUCAUGACAUCAUCAGCUCAGAUUCAUGACAUCAUCAUGACAUCAUCAGGACAUCAUCGUUGGUGUACAAACACGCGUCGGCUGUGACUUCUGUUACUGUAACGUCUAUUUUUAUACAUGAAAAGGAAAAACCACGAGUGGAAAAUAAAGGUGAAUGUUU